AUGCAACAACAAUCAUCAACAACACAGAAUACACAUCAACAACAACAAUAUCAACAACCAAAGUUAACACCAAAGAUAUUACCAGGUAGACUACAUAAAGAUAAUAGAUGUGCUUCAGAUUGGAGCUGGCAGAAUCUGUUGGCCUAUGGCUGUCAUAGUCAUGUGGCCAUCAUCGACCCUGCCUAUCUCAAUCUCGUUCAGACACUGGACGAACAUCGUCAUAAUGUCUGUUUGGUGCGUUGGUCACGCGACACCAUCAGCGGCGCCGUCAAGCAAAGCGACGCACUGGCACAGCAGCAGCAGCAGACAGCAGCCCCCGGUAUCGACCACUAUCAGCUCAUCGCGCCAAUGGCCCGUCUGGCAUCGGCAGACACAGGCGGCACCAUUAUAGUAUGGGACGUCCUGGCGGGCAGCGUGAUCCAAUCGUUGGGUGCCGAGCAUAGAUCGCCACACCCCGUCAGGGAUCUUCAAUGGCACCCAGAAGACAACAACCUGUUGUUCUCAAUCAUGGGCGGUGCCAUCACUCUCUGGUCUGUAACCAAUGGCUCGCGAGUAUGGCGUCGGGAUCUCUGUGACGCACCCUGUGUCUCGCUACAAGUCGACCCAUUCUGCAACAUCACGACAAAGCUGUUGGUGGGCGCGGCCAAUGGAUCGGUGCACUCUGUCUGUGUAUCUCCGUCGCCCGAUGAGGACUCUGAGCAUGGUAGCAGUGGAAUCAACAUCAACUUUAUCAAUCGAAUAACAAGCAAAUUGCUCCCGAAUGGGUCUGGCUACGCGGGUGGCAGUAUAUCCACGUCUCACCAAGCAUCGACCUCAACUUCAUCUGGCUCAGGCUCAAAUAGUAAUGGACCAAGCUUAUCAUUAUCAUCAAGUAGCUCUUCAACGACGACAUCAAACAACAACAAACAUGUACAAACACCAACUGAUCUUAUAAAGAUCAUCUACUCACCAAUCACAAAGAACUUUGUCUACUACGUCUUCCCUCGCGAGAUCAUCGUGCACGACAUCACCUCCAAUCAAUCAUUUGGCAGCACAGCACUGGAUCGUUCGAAAUCCAGUUUCAACAUGGUAAUCCUAUGUCGAGAGAAUCCAAACCUAAUGUUCUCACUUCAUGAAGAUGGAAGCAUCACAUCAUGGAGCAGGAAGUAUAUCGAUGUGACCAACACUCAUAGUUAUGAACAACUAUGUGUCUCCGACUUGUCACACUAUCACAUGAAGAGCAAGAAGAAAGGUCUGCCACUCUACUCAAUCACACAUCAUCCAUUCAACGAGCAGACCCUACUCACUAUCGGUGGAGAUGGUAUAAUUUGGAAAUGGGACUUCACAUCAGAGAUGUUAUCUGGUGGCGCACAACAGUUCUCAGCAAGACUGAGUAGUCUGUCGGUAAAGCCAUUGAAUGGCGUGGUUAAGCUUGGUGCAUCAGGAAUGUCAGACUCGAUAUCAUCCCCAAUCUCAUCAAUGGCUGUAUAUCCAUUCGCCAAUCGCAACAACAUGUCAUUGUUGGCAAUUGGUACAGUCAAUGGUACGAUUCAACUUGUCAACGCUACGACACUCAAGGUACAAAAGGAGCUAUUCAUCUGGCAGCAGCCUGUAUUUGGUCUGCGCUGGGCCUCACCUGGCCGAGUGAUUUGCUACUCAUACGAGGAGGUGGAGACAGGCAAGGUAUUCCACAAUCGAUUGGCAUUCGUUGAUCUGCGCUCGGGUAGGGUGCGCGAGAUACGUCAGGUGGCCGCCAACGAGACGGCUCCCAUCCGCGGCCUCAAACUGUCCAACUCUCGCAAGUUCCUCGUGGUACUGGUGCGCGACCGUCCCUUUGAACUAUGGGAGAUGAAGCGAUUCACUUGUCUCCGCUCAUUCAAGGCCUUCUCACAUGUCACCGGACUUGAGUGGGUGCCCUCGUUGGAGGACAGCGAGGUGGCCAUCUCCCAGGACCCCACCAAGUAUGAAGCCAAGGAACAGUUCAUAUUCUUCACAUCCGAUAGCACGCAGAUCAAGUGCUGUACGAUCGAGGGCAACUCCGUGACGCUGAACGACAUGCCCAUGGAGGGCUUCUCGCCACUCAGUGCGCUGGGCGGCAGCGUGACACCUCAGCUCGCUCACGCCGUCAAGCGCGACCUUAUGGUGGCAGCCGAUGUCUCAGGCGCCAUCAACGUGUGGAGCAGUGAGAAGAAGCGAUUGGUCUCAUCAUUCACCACGAGCAAGGCGGCCAUCAAGAAGAUCAGGUUCUCGCCCUCGCCAACAAGCAUCGAACUGCUCGUUCUAUUUGUGAAUGGAGAGUUUGGAAUAUGGGAUGUGCUGGCGGGCGUGCGCACCGCGUCCGGCACUUACUUGUCCGAGCGCGACAUCAAGGUUCUGGACAUUGAGUGGCUGUCCGACUCCAACCCAAUCGUCGUGGCCUCGGACUAUUCAAUUCGUAUCCUGGACAACUCGCUCUGCCUCUCCAACUCGCCCGUCAACAACACCAUUGGAGGCAGUUCGACCACGUCCACAGCCAACAUAUUCGAAGCGUUCCUGUACUCCCCGCUACUCCUCUCUCCAUUCUGCGCGCUGCAGCUCAAGAACUUGUUGCACGCCCAACGCUCCUCGAUCCAAGCCGGCGCAGCCAACGAGCAGAAUGACGCAGAUUUGAACAAAUCACAAGCGACCUCAAUGUUGGUGAUGGACCAGUUGGAGAAGAACACUCGAUUGCUAUCACUUGUGGACGAGCGUCUGUUGAGCUACCUUGCAGGAUGCACUACAGCCGAGGGUUGCCUGGCGAUCGCACAGUUCUUUGGCGAUCAUCACAUGAUCAAGUUUUGGAGAUUGGUACUCUUUGCCCUACAACGUUAUAAUGAUCGCACACCCUGCACAUCAUUAUAUAACACAGAGAUCAUGACAUAUUAUAACGAGCUUCCAUCCAAACCACCAGUGCCAAUCAAUGAACCAACAUCCACAGUUUCAUCGACCACAGCCACUCCUUCAACCUCAACAACUCACCCAUCCACGACAUCAACGGCAACAACUUUAUCGAAUAACAAUGCUGCUGGUUCUGCACCUGGCUCACCGCUGAUGGCCACACCGACAAAGGAUCAAUCAAACAAUCCAUUUAUCAACCCAACUCCAUUGACAACAACGACCACUACAACGAAUGUACAGCAGCAAAGCACACAGACUCAAUCACAACCUCAUCCACAGCCGCAUCAAUCACCACAGCAGCAGCCACAAGCAAAGAAGUCAUUUGCCUCGUUCUUUGGAGGACUGACACAGGGUCUGACUUCAAAGGCAUCAAUACCCAACAACAACCCAGCUCCAAAGAAUGAUCAGACAAUGCCAAAACAAUCAAACAACGUGACUCCUACACCAAACAACAUUACCUCAGCCACUCAAUCCACCUCACAGAACCAAACAUCAUCCUCCUCCAACCAAGCAACAUCCUCGACAUCCAACCCUUUGGCAGCAUCUCAAAUGUUCCACUCAGUGUCAUCACAGCUUCAAUCACAAUCACAUUUUGAUUUCUUGGGAGCAUCGACAACGAUGGCAAUGACAGCAUCAACAUUGAGCAGCAGUGGAAUCAGUCCUGCAUCAUCCUCGUUGGCAUUCUCUGGUGCCGUGAGCUUUGCUCCAGCCACAGCUGGGGCCUCAUUGCCAGUCUAUUACGACCUACUCACAGAGCCAUCAGUGUUGAGAUCGUCAGAGCUAGAUCGAGCGGACAUGCACGAGCGCAAGAAGCCUGAUGCCGAGCUGACACGUAGAUUGAUCGAUCGUAAUAUAUCACUGGGACGAUCACAUCGAGCCAUCAACCUCCUGCUGGACACCACGCCAGACCAUCCCGACUUCUACAUGUUGGCAGUCAAGGCUAGUGUCAUUGCAGCAUCGAUCUCACAAGAGUACUACCAGAGCACAAUGAAGUUGUUGGCCAACAACCUUAUCGCCGUGGGCAAGCUGGAUGAAGGAGUACAGUUCCUUUGCCUCAUUGACAAGUCAUUGGACGCAUGCAAGUAUCUGCAGGCGGCUGGACGUUGGAAUGAGGCUGCCAUGUUGGCCAAGACUAGUCUGCGCGAGGAAGAGUACAUGGUAGUGUACCGAGCGUGGGCACUGCACUUGGUGGAGCUGAAGCGAUAUGAACAGGCAAUCGAGAUACUUUUGUCAAUGGGUGACUUUUGUUCUGUUAUCCAACUGCUCUACGAGAACAAACAAUACGAUGAAGCAUCACAUCUCAUUGAAGCAUGUGAGCACCAUUUUAUAACAAACAACGAGGAUGGCAACAAUGAUGAUAGUGGCGACCUUGGAUACACUCCAAUCACUCAACUCACAAGUGGAUUCACAAUGAAGCAAUUGGUGCAGAUCAUAUUCAAAGAGUAUGGCAACAAUCUUCAUCAGAUGGGCAAUAUCCAAGCAUCACAUCACUAUUGGAAGAAGUGUGGAACAAGGUUUACAUCAUCAUCAUUCCAGUAA